AUGCCACAGGUCACGCUCCAUUUCCCGGCCGUGUACCCGAUCGUGGGUAUGUACCGCCUGGCACAUGAUGAGCUGUUGUGGCGGCCCAUGUGGAAUGCAUGUUACGCCAGAGUGACGCAGGCCGGUGCCACGACCAUCUUGUGGUCGUUCGUGUCACUCCCUGGCCAGCGACUUGUGUCGGGGCUGAUACUGGGACACAUGGGCCGUGCCUGUGGCGCCAAGUGGAUGUAUGAGCUCAUAGAGGCGGGGGGACGACAGGUCGGGAUCCCGAUGCUCUCGUUCGGAUCGAUGACGACGCUGUUGCUGGUUCUCAACCAAGUCAACAUUGUGUUCGACAUGUUCCUGGGGAAGCAAAUGCGGGCAUUCCGCGACACGGCCUACCGCAAGACGGUCGAGUCACGCGGCAAGUCGUCGGACUUCUGGACGCCGUACACGGAAGAGUACGAGCGGCCGCCCGAUCCACAAGACGGCGUCCAAAAGCUCACCAUCAAGAAGCGCUUGUCAGACAUGGUUCUGCGCAAGGUCUCUCUCUUGCUCUUUGGCUCCAUUCCCAUCUUUGGUGUCAUAUUGUCAGCUGCCUACGGCGCGCUCGGCUUUGCACGCGAAAUGCACCAACCGUUCUUCGAGGUAAAGCACAUGCAGGACGAGCAAAUUACCCUGUGGAUCACGGAGCGAAGAAUAGACUACAUGCUCUUUGGCUUCUUUGCCUUGCUCCUGGAACGCAUUCCUUUCUUCGGCCUCAUAUUCUCCGUAUCGAACCAGAUCGGUGCCGCGAUGUGGGCACACGACCUCGAGAAGCGGCAGCAUCGUUUCCAGCGCGGUGAGCUCCAGCCUAUUCCUGCAGAGCAAGGACCCGCGGAUUCUGCCAGUGCACCGACAGGCUACAUGCCUGCUUCCCCAGAGCCAGUCAGGCGUCGCGUGCCGCCGCCCCCGUAG